ACGUGAGCGCGGGUACGGAAGUGGUGCAGCAGGCAACGCUGUUGGUUGGCCCAGGCCUUGGGUCCCUGGGGCGGGGUCAGGCCUGCCGACCCGCCUGGUGGAGCCGGGGGAGGAGGCACCGGCGGGGGCCGGCACAGGAGUCAGGGAUUCGGUCUGCGGUCCCCCAGAGUGCUGGACCAGCGGCGGUCCCCAGUCCCCCGGCCUGCGCCCGCGCCCACUGCACUGGAUCUCCCGGGGCCGAAGCUCCGGUGGCUGCGGGAGGUGGGUGGAGGGAGGAUCGGAGGGCGCGGGCGCCCUGUGCACUGUACGGGCGAGAGGCGGCCGGGGGCCGGGACGCCAUGUCCAUGGAGGACCCCUUCUUUGUGGUGAAAGGAGAGGUGCAGAAGGCUGUCAACACUGCCCAGGGGCUGUUUCAGAGAUGGACAGAGCUCCUCCAGGACCCCUCCGCGGCCACCAGGGAGGAAAUCGACUGGACCACCACGAGCUGAGAAACAACCUGCGGAGCAUCGAGUGGGACCUCGAAGACCUGGACGAAACCAUCAGCUCGUGGAAGCAAAUCCUAGGAAUUCAAUCUCGAUGCAACUGAGUUGAGCAUAAGAAAAUCCUUAUCACAAGCACUCGGCAGGUCGUCAGGGACAUGAAGGACCAGAUGUCGGCCUCAUCCGUGCAGGCAUUAGCUGAAAGGAAAAACAGACAGGCACUGCUGGGAGACAGUGGCAGCCAGAACUGGAGCACUGGAGCGCCGGACAAAUAUGGGCGCCUGGACCGCGAGCUCCAAUUAGCCAACUCCCAUUUCAUCGAGGAGCAGCAGGCUCAGCAACAGCUGAUCGUGGAGCAGCAGGACGAGCAGUUGGAGCUGGUCUCUGGCAGCAUCGGGGUGCUGAAGAACAUGUCCCAGCGCAUCGGCGGGGAGCUGGAGGAACAGGCCGUCAUGCUGGACGACUUCUCACAUGAGCUGGAGAGCACGCAGUCUCGGCUGGACAAUGUGAUGAAGAAGCUUGCGAAAGUAUCUCACAUGACCAGUGAUCGGCGCCAGUGGUGUGCCAUAGCCGUCCUGUUUGUGAUCCUGCUGGUCGUGCUAGUCCUCUUCCUCGUGCUGUGACAGCCCAGGAGCCUGGGAGGAGGGCAUGCGGUCCGCCCUGGGCCAGCUCGCACCAUCCUCUCCUGAAAACACAGCCCGAGCUGACUUUUCUCUUUGCGACCCACCACUGAGACAGCUCCAUCCUAGUGCUGCAGGGACCGGUGGGAAGGGGGCGUAACACCUGCACACUCCAGGUGCCGCCUCUCCUGACCUGAGGACAACUCACCAUGGCCUUGCCUCUCUGGACCUCGUUCCCUGUGGAGGGCCUCUGAGGAAUCCAGAAAACUCUGCAGACUCAGUGAGUGUUCGCCACUGAUCCUUCCAUCCAUCCUUGGCGGCCUCCUCCUGCUCAGACAGCAGCCACUGUCCCCUCCAGAAGGACCCCGUCAGGAACGGGGCUCCUCUGUCCCCUCCACUGCCCGAGAACUGGUGUCAUGGGGCCAGAAGGCCCAGAAGCAGUUUGUGUCAGAAGACACAGUGGUUCUUUCUUCGGGGAUCAGGCUGCCUUCCCAGGCGUAUCUCUUUGCAGUGAGAGUAACGGAGGGGAAACAGAAGCACUGUGCUCUGGGAGUGCCGACAUAGGGCGUCUUGACUUGGAGGAAGGGCAACGUGACCCUGAGUGGGCAUGGCUGGGCAAAGGGUAAACAAGGUCCUGGGAGGUCACAGCCUGGCUGAAUUCAGGCGGCUGUCCCAACAGCCUCUCCCUCUCCUUGCAGAGGUGUAAUUUUUAUUUUUAGGGUGACCCUUAACCUAUGGCUGCUGAGCGGCCCACUUGAAUGGAUUUAGACCCUGUCACACUCUGCCUUGGCGGGAUGGGGUUGGGAAGGGGUGGCACAUGUACCACACGUAGUUAGAAACUGCGAUGACAGGGAAGGCUAGUUCUGGACCAGGCUGUCCUUGCCUUGUGAGUAAUAGCAAAAAGGGUAGGCCAACUAUUUUUUCCCCCUAAGCUGACAUCUCGAUUUUUAUCUCCAUUCAAAUCACUGAGCCAAUCCAAAUUUAAACAACAUAUGCUUCAGUUGAGCUUUAGUUGCUGAGACACUAAACUUCGAGCUUCUGGUGACUCUGUAAAUGCUUCCACGCGCACAUGUACACGGCAUAUUUUUGUAACCGCCUCCCCCACCCCCCACAAGCGGCCUAAUACUACAGCAGCGGCCGAGCGGCGCCGGAGACCGGCAGCCACGCCACAUCUUUGCCACCGCCCUUUGCAUGCGCAAAACGCAGUGGCCCCCGGAUAGUUCUAGCUCUGGCUUCUCACCUCGUCUUUUGGGGUCCAUUCAUUCCUAACUUUUCUUAAAACUUUUUCUUGUUUUGUCUGUAUUUCUUUGUUUUCAUUUUGUUUUGGUCUCUUUUCCUAUUUUUUUUUUUGUGAUUUGCAAUGAUGUACUUGCCCAGCUAACUUUUGAAUUGCACUUUUUAAUAAAUAUUUGUAACAAGUUUUAAAGAAGGGUAUUUUCUCAUGUUUAGGAUCGUGGCAAGUGAGGGAGUCUGCACACCUAUGAAAGCUGAAAGUAGAUUUAUAAAACUGAAAGGGUGGUUGGCAUCUGUGUUUACAUUCAACACUGUUUGAUAUAUACAUAUUUCUUCUUACAUUAG